ACUCCAUCGUUAUAGAAGAGAGAGUGAAGGUCUCACACAGACCUUCUCUCUCUCUGUGUGGAUGAUGGCGUCCUUCGUUCUUACAUCUGCCGUCAAUUUAGGGUUCCGGCCACUACCUACUAGCUGCGGAGCCCCCCGUCCUCGUCAAUCUGCGUCAACUUUGAAUCUCAAAUCUAGAAGCAACAGCAUUAAUGGCUUCGGAUUCGUAUCAUCGAAUUUCAAAACGAAUAAAGAUUUUAAUACUCUGAUUAAGAAUCGAAGAAACUUGAUAGUUAAAGCUUCUGCGGCGGCAUCAUCAUCGGUCCCAGCAAAAUCGGAGCCACCGCAGCCGUGGCAGGGGGCUUCAAUUAAGCCUCUAAUUGCAUCGAUUGCGACCGGAAUUAUUCUCUGGUUCAUUCCUCAGCCAGAAGGAGUGUCGAGGAUUGCGUGGCAACUCCUAGCCAUUUUCCUGGCCACCAUCGUCGGGAUCAUCACACAACCGCUACCACUCGGCGCGGUGGCUGUCAUGGGAUUAGGCGCCUGCGUGAUUACUAAAACCUUAACGUUCGCAGCUGCUUUCUCCGCAUUCGGCGAUCCGAUUCCCUGGCUUAUAGCCCUAGCCUUCUUCUUCGCUAGAGGUUUCAUCAAGACCGGUCUCGGUAACCGAAUUGCUUACCAGUUCGUGUCUCUAUUCGGAAGCACGUCUCUAGGGUUAGGUUAUAGCUUGGUGUUUAGCGAAGCUCUUUUAGCUCCGGCGAUUCCAUCAGUUUCGGCGAGGGCGGGUGGAAUUUUCCUUCCUUUGGUGAAAUCCUUAUGCGUUGCAUGUGGAAGCAACGUGGGAGACGGGACGGAACGUAAAUUGGGUGCUUGGCUGACAUUGACAUGUUUCCAGACAUCUGUUAUUUCGUCGGCGAUGUUCUUGACAGCUAUGGCGGCGAAUCCUCUGAGUGCGAAUUUGGCUUUCGGUGCUAUUAAUCAGACGAUCGGAUGGAUGGAUUGGGCAAAGGCAGCGAUUGUACCAGGUUUGACGUCGCUGGUGGUGGUGCCGUUGGUUCUUUACUUGGUUUAUCCUCCGUCGAUAAAGUACAGUCCGGAUGCUCCUAAACUUGCACGGGAGAAGCUGGAGACGAUGGGGCCGAUGUCAAAGAAUGAACUUAUUAUGGCUGCAACUCUGUUACUGACUGUGGGACUUUGGAUAUUUGGAAGUGUGCUAAAUGUGGAAGCUGUAACGGCAGCUAUUAUGGGUUUAUCUGUUCUAUUGAUAACAGGGGUUGUAACUUGGAAAGAAUGCUUAUCUGAAUCAGUUGCUUGGGAUACACUAACAUGGUUUGCUGCUCUUAUUGCAAUGGCUGGAUAUCUCAACAAGUAUGGUCUUAUUACCUGGUUUAGCCAAACCAUUGUUAAGUUUGUUGGAGGCUUGGGGCUUUCAUGGCAGCUAUCCUUUGGAAUAUUAGUCCUCCUUUACUUCUACACACACUAUUUCUUCGCAAGUGGAGCUGCACACAUCGGAGCCAUGUUUACAGCAUUUUUGUCUGUUGCAAGCGCUUUAGGCACUCCACCAUAUUUUGGAGCUCUGGUUCUUGCUUUCUUGUCAAAUUUAAUGGGAGGUCUCACACAUUAUGGGAUUGGUUCUGCACCCGUGUUCUAUGGAGCGAACUAUGUUCCUCUUGCCCAAUGGUGGGGUUAUGGCUUCUUGAUCUCUGUUGUUAAUAUUAUCAUUUGGCUUGGAGUUGGAGGCUUAUGGUGGAAGGUAAUUGGUUUAUGGUAGUUAAUAUAUAUGAAAUGAUCAUCAAAUUGUUGAUUUUUGGCGGGGUUUAGGCAUAGGCAGGCUCUUUUGAAUUCAUUCAUGAAAUUGGUGAAUUGGGUUCUUUUGUGGUCUAUGGUUUAAAUCAAUGGCCGAGGUGCUUAGAGAAGGAAGGAAUGUAUUUAUGUUGCUAAGUUAUUGUUAAAGUGUUUGAUUUUUUAUUUUAUUUUUUUAAAUCUUGAAUAUGCAUUUCAUGCAAAAUAAGAUAUAUUCCCUAACUUGUUAAAUCAA